AUGGCGGCGCCGGCCAUGGCCGAGCCGCGCUCCAAGCGGCCCCGCGUCACCCUGCCCGCCUGCCCCGCGCACCGCCCGCUGCCCGCCAGCCGCGUCCGACACGGCUUCCCCGCCGCCGUGGAGGAGGCGCUCUGCGGCGUCACCGGCGCCCAGCUGGAGCUCCACUACUGCCUGCAGGCGCUGGGUGAAUAUUUUGAUCAGUCGCAUGUGGCUCUACCAAAUAUUUCAAAGUUCUUCUUGCAUCAAGCUCUGGAAGAGAGAAAAGCCGCAGAGGCAUUGAUGAAGUAUCAGCAAGAAAGAGGAGGUCACUACUGUUCUAAAACCAUUCAGAAACCAAACUGUGAUUAUGCAGUCGGUCUGAUGAAAGCCCUGGAAUUAGCAAUGGUACAGUGGAAAACUAUGCUACGAUACUUUGAAGAGCUUUAUGCCCUGAGCGUUGAAAAUGCAGACCCUCAUAGUGCAAGCACUAUGAAGAAGCAAUUUAUUGCGCCCAAAAUCCGGAAGAUCAAGCUAAUGGGAGAUCUACUGACGAAUGCUCGCAGGCUCGACUGUUCCCAAGAUGGCAGAAAUAGCCUUGGGGAUUACUUCAUGGACCGGCUGCAGAAAGAGUUCAGAACAAGCAUAGAGCCAGAGUCUAGUGAUCACUGCAGCCCCUGCCGACCUCUGCAGCAGUGCACAGGAGCUGCAGAAGGUCUGAAGCGACCCCAGAGAGAAUCUUCGCAGCACAGAAAUGGCAUAGGGCCAAUAUAUGCAACCAUACACUGCACUACGAUGCUGCCACAGUGUAAUGAUGGGACAGGAGCAAAACUGAAGCAGGGCAGGGAGGGCCUUUAAUGCUGUGGCUACUACAGGGCAGCUCCUAAGGCAAACCUGUCCAGAGGGUGGAGUUGGGAUCAGAACUCAGGAGACAUGAUCCUGUAUCACUCCUGUUUUACACCCUGCCCCCUCAUCCUCUCUUGAGUCACAGCUCAAAAUCUAGCCCAUGCCAUUAUUUUGUUUAAAUGAUAGCAAGGUUGCCAGCUACCUAGAUUGUCAGCCCUAGUCACACUUAUCUAUGCAAUUCUUCCUAGAAGCCAAAAGCUUUUUAAGAUUCUUUUCUGGUUUGAAUGAUUAACAGGAUUAUUUAGUGCAAAUUUUUAACAAUUUAUAACUUUUAUAUAAAAAAAAAGAAACCACUGCACCCUUAGUACAAGGAAACUUCUAUGUGGCAGAAAAUCCAAAUAUUUAGUUUUCUAUUCUUUAAUAUUUUAUAUUCCUGAAUAUGUAUAUUAGAUAUUUUAUAAUACUAACAAGUAUACUAGCAUAAUGAACUUGUUUUUAAAAAGACUUGGUUUAAAACAAAGUUUUCUUAUUUCUAUCAUAGUAGUCAAAAUAAUUUACUU